CCCGGCCCCCCCGCGGACGCGCACGGAGCGCGGCGGCCCCGGAGAUUGUUCGGAUCGCGGAGCGGAGCGGCCGCCCCGGCCGGGCCAUGGCCGAGUUCCUGCCCCCGCCUGAGUGCCCCGUCUUCGAGCCCAGCUGGGAGGAGUUCGCCGACCCCUUCGCCUUCAUCCACAAGAUCCGGCCCAUCGCCGAGCAGACCGGCAUCUGCAAGGUGCGGCCGCCGCCGGACUGGCAGCCUCCCUUCGCCUGCGAUGUUGACAAGCUUCACUUCACCCCAAGGAUCCAGAGGCUCAAUGAACUGGAGGCCCAAACUCGUGUAAAACUGAAUUUUCUGGACCAGAUUGCAAAGUUUUGGGAGCUUCAAGGAUGCACGCUGAAAAUUCCACAUGUGGAGAGGAAGAUCUUGGAUUUAUUUCAGCUUAAUAGACUAGUUGCAGAACAAGGAGGAUUUGAUGUCGUUUGCAAGGAGAGAAAAUGGACCAAAAUAGCCACGAGGAUGGGAUUUGCUCCUGGCAAAGCCGUGGGCUCACACAUCCGGGCGCACUACGAGCGAAUCCUCUACCCCUACAACUUAUUCCAGUCGGGAGCGAGUCUCUUGUGCUUGCAGAAACCGGAUCUCAGCAGUGACACGAAGGACAAGGAGUACAAGCCCCACGACAUCCCCCAGAGACAGUCGGUGCCGCCGUCGGAGACCUGCCCGCCCGCGCGCCGAGCCAAGCGCCUGACGGCCGAGGCAACCAAUAUUAAAACUGAGUCUGACCCUCCAGAAGCCAGAACUCACAAUCUGAGACGCAGGAUGGGAUGUGCCCCUCCAAAGAGUGACAGUGACAAGGAAAUGCGCAGCCUGGUGAAACUCCCUGAGAAGAAAGAACUUUCUGGGGAGCCAGAGAAGGACAAAUCCAAAGUCAGAUCCAAAAAACCCACCAAUGCUGUGGAUUUGUACGUGUGUCUCCUGUGUGGCAGUGGGAACGAUGAGGACCGGCUCCUGCUGUGCGAUGGCUGUGAUGACAGUUACCACACCUUCUGUUUAAUUCCACCCCUCCAUGAUGUUCCCAAAGGGGACUGGAGGUGUCCCCAGUGUCUGGCUCAGGAGUGUAACAAGCCUCAAGAAGCCUUUGGGUUUGAACAAGCAGCACGAGACUACACCCUGCGCACCUUUGGAGAAAUGGCUGAUGCGUUCAAGUCAGACUAUUUCAACAUGCCCGUACAUAUGGUCCCCACUGAGCUGGUUGAAAAAGAAUUCUGGAGACUUGUCAGUACCAUUGAAGAGGAUGUGACUGUGGAAUAUGGAGCUGACAUUGCUUCAAAGGAGUUUGGCAGUGGCUUCCCAGUUAGGGGUGGGAAGUUUAAAGUUAGACCAGAAGAAGAGGAAUACCUUGAUAGUGGCUGGAAUUUAAACAACAUGCCUGUGAUGGAGCAGUCUGUGCUUGCUCACAUCACUGCAGACAUCUGUGGGAUGAAAUUGCCCUGGCUGUAUGUAGGAAUGUGCUUUUCCUCUUUUUGUUGGCAUAUAGAAGACCAUUGGAGCUAUUCCAUUAACUAUCUGCAUUGGGGGGAGCCUAAAACGUGGUAUGGAGCCCCAGGGUACGCAGCUGAGCAGCUGGAGGAUGUAAUGAAGAAACUUGCUCCAGAGCUAUUUGAGUCCCAGCCAGAUCUCUUGCACCAACUUGUCACCAUAAUGAACCCGAACACUUUGAUGGCCCACGGGGUGCCUGUAUGGCGAACAGAUGGGCAAUUUGUCUUGGCCUUUCCCUGGGGUAGUUUUUGGUCAGUUGUUUGAAGAGUCAGCGCCUUAAUGUCACUGUCCAAAUGAACCCCCCCAAUGUCUGUCCCACAGCUGCCCCUGGGCCGCCAGUGCGUGGAGCAUUACCGGCUGCUGAACCGCUACUGUGUGUUCUCCCACGAUGAGAUGAUCUGCAAAAUGGCUUCCAAAGCAGAUGUUCUGGACGUUGUGGUGGCGUCUACGGUCCAGAAAGACAUGGCUAUUAUGAUUGAAGAGGAGAAGAGGUUGCGUGAGAAGGUGGAUAAACUGGGAGUGACCGACUCAGAGAGGGUGACAUUUGAGCUGUUCCCUGAUGACGAGCGACAGUGUUUGAAGUGUAAAACCACCUGCUUCAUGUCAGCAGUUUAUUGUCCCUGUAAACCUGGAUUGUUGGUGUGCUUGUACCAUGUUGAGGACCUCUGCUCCUGUCCCACCUACAAAUACAAAGUGGGGUACCGCUACACCCUGGAGGAGCUGUACCCGAUGAUGAACGCGCUGAAGAUGCGCGCGGAGUCGUACAACGAGUGGGCUUCCAACGUCAACGAGGCUCUGGAGGCAAAAAUUAACAACAAAAAAAGUCUCAUCAGUUUUAAGGCUUUGAUAGAAGAAUCAGAAAUGAAAAAGUUCCCAGACAACGACCUGCUGCGACACCUCCGGCUGGUGACACAGGACGCGGACAAAUGUGCCUCAGUGGCCCAGCAGCUGCUGAACGGCAAGAGACAAACCAGGUACCGCUCCGGAGGAGGGAAGUGUCAGAACCAGCUGACAGUGAACGAGCUCCGGCUGUUCGUGAGGCAGCUCUAUGCCCUGCCCUGUGUCCUCAGCCAGACACCGCUGCUCAAGGACCUUCUUGACCGUGUGGAAGCUUUCCAACAGCAAAGCCAAAAACUCCUUUCUGAGGAAAUGCCCAGUGCUGCGGAGCUGCAGGAGCUGCUGGACGUCAGCUUUGACUUUGACGUUGACCUGCCCCAGCUGGCCGAGCUGCGGACGCGCCUGGAGCAGGCCCGCUGGCUCGAGGAUGUGCACUUGGCUUCCUCAGACCAAAACUCCCUCACUCUGGAUGACAUGAGGCGUCUCAUAGACUCGGGGGUGGGACUCGCGCCCUACCCGGCGGUGGAGAAGGCAAUGGCGAAGCUGCAGGAGCUCCUCACCGUGUCCGAGCACUGGGAUGACAAAGCCAGGAACCUGAUAAAGGCCAGACCCCGACAGUCCCUGAGCAGCCUGGCAGCAGCAGUGAAGGAGCUGGAGGAGAUCCCAGCCUACCUCCCCAACGGAGCGGCGCUGAAGGACGCGGUGCAGAAGGCCAAGGACUGGAUACAGGAGGUGGAGGCUCUGCAGGUUGGGGGACGUGUGCCCGUGCUGGACACGCUGGCGGAGCUUGUCACGAGAGGUCGAUCCAUCCCAGUGCACCUGGAUUACCUGCCGAGGCUGGAGGCCCUGGUGUCCGAAGUGCAGGCUUGGAAGGAAUGUGCAGCCAACACAUUCCUGUGCGAGAACUCUCCCUAUUCCCUUCUGGAGGUGUUGUGUCCCUGGUGUGACAUCGGAAUGCUCAGUCUGAAGAGGAAGCAGAAGAAGCUGAAGGAGCCAGUGCCCAGUGGCAAGAAGAAAAGCACUAAGCUGGAAACGCUGAGUGACCUGGAGCGGGCGCUCUCUGAGAGCAAGGACACGGCGUCCGCGAUGGCCACGCUUGGAGAAGCCCGGCUGAGGGAGAUGGAAGCACUACGUGCCCUGCGAGCAGCGAACGAGGUGAAGGUGCUGUCGAGCGAGGAGGAUGCCGAGCUGAAAGUGUGUCUGUGCCAGAAGGAGCCGGCUGCUCCCAUGAUCCAGUGUGAGCUCUGCAGAGGGUUCUUCCACACCGGCUGUGUUUCGGUGCCCAGCGUCUUGCAGGGACCCCGGGUGUGGCUGUGUCCACACUGCCGCCGAUCCGAAAAGCCGCCUCUAGAGAAGAUCCUGCCGCUGUUGGCCUCCCUGCAGCGCAUCCGUGUGAGGCUGCCGGAGGGGGACGCCCUGCGGUACAUGAUCGAGAGAACUGUGAACUGGCAGCACAGAGCACAACAAAUGUUAUAUUCAGGGAAUCUCAAACGCAUCCAGGACAAAGUUGGCUCAGGAUUACUGUACAGCCGGUGGCAGCCCUCGGCGGGCCAGCUGCCGGAGACAAACAAGGUGUCCCAGACAAUUGGAGCAAUGUCAUUCUCCAUGCCUCAUGACUGGGAUAACAGAACCAUCUAUUUGCAUUCUCCAUUCUCUACAGGACAGCACUGCAUCCCACUUCAUGUCAUUAGCACCGAGCUGGAUGAGCUGAUGAUGGAGGCCCAGCUGCUGCAGGUUUCUUUGCCCGAAAUCCAGGAGCUGUACCAGACCCUGUUCACAAAGCAGAGCCCUGCUCUGCAGCCAGAGCAGAGAUCACCAGGGGCGCCCACAAACGAAAAGAAUGAGUGUUGCCGAGGCAAGAAGGAUGGGAUGAGUUACAUGGAGAGAAAACUGAAGCGGCGCUUUGAGAGAGAGACCUUCUGCGGUGAGAAGAGAGCGAGAGUAAAAAAGAUGAGAACACCUAAAAAGAAGAAACUGAAACUGAGUCACUCAAAGGAUCUGUGCAGUAACAAACUGGAGAGAGAGCGGGAGCGGCUCCUGGAGCUGCAGCGUUCCAGCGAAAGUCACUUGGUCCCCUCAGACAUGUCGUUCUCCGAGCAGGAGGACUCUGAGGACGAGGAUGCCAUCUGCCCAGCCCUGAACUGCCUCCAGCCCGAGGGAGAGGAGGUCGAUUGGGUCCAGUGCGACGGCAGCUGCAACCAGUGGUUCCACCAGGUGUGUGUGGGCAUCUCGCCUGAAAUGGCCGAGAAGGAGGAUUAUAUCUGCACCAGCUGCACGGGGAAGGACUCACAGUAUCGGAAGUAAAACUCCCAUAAACCAUUCAGGACUUGAGUAAAGAAGGUUCUCCCAGUUUUCCAGUUAAGCCACAGGGGCUGGUUUAAAAACCAGAUUGCAAAUGGUGCUACUUCUAUCCUUAUGGGAUCAUUUUCCAGAACUCAAAACAAUUUUUGACACUUUUGUAUUUUCCCUUGAUCUGUUUGUGGUUGUUGAGGUUUGAGAUGCUGACUGUUUGCAGGGGUUUCCACCGAUUUGGAAGGCAUUUGACACAUGCACCUUUUACUGUACAGCAUUCAGUUACCUCUCUGGGAUUUACCGGCGUAUUUAAUUCAGCUUGGUUUGGGUGCAAAAAAAAAAACAAAAAACAAACAAAAAAAAAAAAAACCUGCACCAUGAAUUUUCCAAUAAUCCUCUUUUGAGGAAAUCCCUGUUUACUCUGUUAACUCUUUGGAGACUUUAGUUUUUUUCCACUUUGUUUUUCGUAGACUAGGUUUAUUUAUCUGAGCAAUAACUUCUAUGUCUGGUUUCAGUGACUGGAAUGACAAUUGAACAGCGUGUUGCUUCUAGCAUUGGUUGGUGUACAGACAGCAAAUGUUAGAUCCUAGUGUCACUGAGGGCCCUGUGAUGUAGAAGACAGGAAAAAAAAAUCUGUAAAGUAAUUGCCACAGCUGUAUUUUGGCUUUCUCCUUUUUUGGGUAGCUUGUAUCAAAUGUUGCAGUUUAUAUUGUGGAAUAAACCCCUGGUUAUGUUAUAAAAUUAAAUGUUGGUGUUUUUA